AUGGAAUAUUAUACAGAUAUUCAAAAUGAGCUAAAACAAAAAUAUAAUCAGCACUAUAAUCUAUAUUAGAAAUAAUAAUUGGAACGCAAGAUACUUUGCUAUAAAAAUAAUAGUGAAGACCCUCUUAAGUAUCAACAAUGCAUUGAAGAUUUGAAUACAAGAAUGAAUAUGAAUUCCACUACACUUAGAAAUAGAUUCAAUCAAAUAGAAAUAGAUGAUAAAGAUUGUUAAGGUAAAUGCUAUGAUGACUCUAAAUGCAUUUAACGAUGUGAAGAAUAAUCAAGAAAAAAAGCAAUUUAAUUAUAAGAAUAAUUUUAUAAAUUAAUGUUAUAAGAAAAUCCAGAAUACAAAAAAUUGUAAUGA